CCGACCGAAGCCGCCGCCUACAAGGAGGGGAUGCAGGAGAGACGCCGAGGGAACUGGGGAAGAAGCCCGCCGCUCGCCCUAGAGAGAUGGAGCCGCCGCCGCUGCUGCUCCAGCUCAGAGUCCUCCUGAUGCAAUUGCUGGUCGCCUGCUCUCUCUUAGUUCUGCUUCCGCCGGCGGUGGCGCCCAUCUGUCCGGAGUCAUGCGACUGCCAGCAGCAGCAGCAUAUCCUCUGCACCAAUCGGGGACUACGGUCGGUGCCCAAGGCCGCCGAGCCACAGGACAUCCUCACCUACAGCCUGGGCGGCAAUUUCAUUGCUAAUGUCUCGGCUUUGGACUUUCACCGCUUAGUGGCGCUACAGCGCCUAGAUUUGCAGUAUAAUCGAAUCCGUUCGCUCCAUCCGAAAGCCUUCGAGCGCCUGGGGCGUCUGGAGGAGCUUUACUUGGGCAACAACCUCUUGGCUUCCUUGGCGCCGGGCACACUCCGCCCCCUGGCUAAACUGCGAGUCCUCUACCUCAACGCUAACGAGAUCACUUAUCUAAGCACGGCUUCUUUUGCUGGUCUAGGCAAUCUGAUCAAGCUGCGGCUCGACGGUAACUUGCUGGCCUCGCUGAGUGAUGCCACCUUUUCAGGACUAACCAACCUGCUGUAUUUGCAUCUGGAGGCCAACCAGAUCCGUUGGCUAAGCCGUAAUGCCUUUGCUGGCCUUGGCAAGCUUCGCUUCCUUGACCUGUCUGGCAACCAGCAGAAUUUGCUGCGCCACCCAGACACCUUCAGGUCUCUGCGCUUGCUUAGCACCCUCCUGCUCUCUGGGAAUGACAUGCAACAGCUAGGGAAAGGACUCUUCCAACACCUCUCCAACUUGGCUAGGUUGUCACUGAGUGGAAACCGACUGACAUGGUUGCCAGUGGAGGCUUUUGCUGGUCUGGAGUCCUUGAAAGAGUUGCACUUGGAAGGGAACCUGCUAAGCCAACUGCCUGCCACCUUAUUUCAGCCUCUGCAAAGCUUGGAGGUGCUGGAUCUGAGUAACAACCUCAUCACUACUCUUCCUGCUGGCACCUUUGGUCCCCUAAAUAAGUUGAGAGAGCUCAGUUUGCAGGGAAAUGCCCUGGCCUCCCUGUCUGGAGAGCUCUUCACCUCCAACCCAGCCUUGUAUCGCUUGGAAUUGGAUGGGAAUCCCUGGAGCUGCGACUGCCACUUGCAGGGGCUGAAGCAGUGGCUUGCAUCCUGGCAUUCCCAGGGCCGGCUCCUGACUGUGUUUGUCCAGUGUCACCGGCCACCUGCCCUGGCUGGGAAAUACCUUGAUUACUUAGAGGAUGUGCAACUCUUCUCGCUUUCUAAUGGCUCUUGUUUGGAAGGGUUAACAUCUGCAAGCCCAGGAGGCAAUGGUAACUCUAAUUUAGAUAAGCAGAGCUCCCCACCUUCUGUUUCAACUGGGUUGCUAACGUUGUCCCAGAAGAUGGUACCUGAAAAGGGAAGUUUUAAUGUUGAGACAGCUCCAACCACCCUGUUGCCCAGCUUUCUUAUCAGUACUAGGUCUCCCUCUGUACUUGCUGCCGCCUGGCCUCGGCGAGCGGGAAAACACCACUUGGUCUCCUCGGUGUCUAGUACCCUUCCUCUGGUCACUGAUCCAUGUGAUUUUAACAAAUUGUUUCUGUACAACCUGACAGUGGAUACUGUCACUGAGAGUGCAGUGACAGUGCACUGGGGGGUCCGCCCACAUCGCAGCCCUCGCUUGUUAGGGCCAGUGCGCUUCCGAGUCCUUUUUGAUCGUUUUGGCACUGCCAUCAAGUUCCAGCGCUUUGUUUAUAUCCCUGAAUGGAACGAGCCGGUAGCCACUCUGCGAGAAUUGCGCCCGGAUACCCCAUAUCUGGUUUGUGUGGAGGGAGUGAUGGGGGGCCGGGUCUGCCCAGUGGCACCACGGGACCACUGUGCAGGGUUGGUCACUUUGCCUGAAGAUGACAUGGGGGCAGCUGCUGCUGCAAUGGCUGGGGGGACACAAAGCUUGGACCAGCAGCUCCUCACCCUUGUGCUAUUGGCAGUCAAUGCAUUGCUACUCUUCCUGGCUUUGGCAGCCUGGGCUUCCCGCCUGGUGCGGAAGAAGGUCCUGGGGUGCCGUCGGAGAAAGGCAGCCUCACCAGUCCAUGUUAGGCAGAUGUAUUCUACCCGUCGGCCCCUCCGGUCCAUGGGGACAGGCAUUUCCACUGACUUUUCUGGGUUCCAGUCCCACCGGACACCACAUAGUGCUGUUUGUGCCUUGCGUGAGGCUGACCUCAUUGAGUUCCCUUGUGAACGCUUCAUGGAUAGUAGCACUGCAGGGAACAGCAGUGUCCUACAUGGGGAAGAUAAUUUGUUGCAACGGUUUGCAGACUAGAGAUGGGGCUCUAAGCUAAUUUGCAAGUAUUCUAUCAUAAAGUGGCUGCUGGCAUUAUGAUUUAGUGAAGUCUAUGGUAAUGCAGCUUCUGCAAAGAUGGCCCCCAGAUAUUGCAGAAUUACAACUCCCAGCAGCCGUAGUUUUGCAUGGCAAAUUGUGAAGGGUGCAGGGAAUUAUAGUUCAGCAAUAACUAGACUACCCCAUGUUUCUGAUUUUCCUAUCCUAUAUUUAGGUCUGCAGAAAAUAUGUAUAUAUAAAGAUGGCUGAUUAAAAAUGGGUAACUCCUGGAGUAAGAUAUACUAAAAAAAAAAAAAAAAGCAAGAAUGAUUUUCCUGAAUUUACUGUUGGCCAUUUUUACUUAAACGAUUUGAGUCUAUGAUUCUCAAAAAACCAAUUAGAAUGGGAAUCUAUUACACCCUUAAAUUGCCAUAAUUGUGGCUAAGUGGGCAUUGAUCUCUAUUUAUGAAUUAAGUAGAUACUAACAGAAAAACAAAUUUUAGUUGUCUAAUCAUCAGUUCCCAAAUGGAUACAGAAUCUAACAAUUCCUAACUUGUUGGUAUAACUCUGUAACUACUCAGUAUUAUCCUUGGGUAAGAAAUGAACUAAAAUAACUGGAAUCAAACAAAAAAAGGUAAAGAAAGUUUUAUACAAAUGUUUUAAGUUGUACAAAUUUGGGGCCAUUUCAGGUUACAUCAGAUCCUAGCUUUUGAACCAUUUGUUUAAAACUGAUCAAGCCACAAAAUUUGCCAAUAUAUAGAUCUGCAAAAAUCUGUACAACUGUAAAUUGAUAGUGAAGAAAUACAGAGAUUUGGUGUCAUUUCAUGGUUAUCUGCAUUUAUGGAGUCAAGAUAUAAUAGCAUUAGUAAUUGAAUGGUGCAAAAAAGUAUUUUCUACUUAAUAGAUCCCAGACAGUAGAGAUAUAUUUCUUCACAUACAGAAAGUCCUAUAAAUGUGGAGCCUAAUGGUUGGAGCCUUUUACAUGCUAGUUCUGACUACGCUUUGCAAACACUGAGAACAACAGGAGAGGAAUCAGUAUAAUUAUUAUUGCUUCUAAAUAAAACUACUCAGAGAAGAGGCUGUUAAGUGUCACUCUCUUGAUGGACAGCUGAGAUUCCCCUGGGUAUAACUCAAAGUACAAUUCAACUUCUGGUAGAUGGCAGUUAGCAUCAAUAGUAUUUCCCCAGCUGAUGUCAUUCUUACCUAGCCUAUGUAUUUAGGAUGAGCUGGAUUUGCUUCUUGCUUGUCAAAAAAUGUGAACCCGAAUUACUACUUUGAUGCAGGGAAUAUUCUUGAAUUAUGCUAUUAGACACUGAUUUUUAAUUCUAAUUGGCUCUUCCAAAUUAUAGGUUUUGAUUAAAAAUAUUUUUUUCUAGAAGGGCUUUGAAAACAUGUUUAACUUGUGAGCUAAGAAUGGUGCUUUUUUAUACUGACCAGGUCUUUCUUUUAUUAAACAAAUGUAAGAAGUUUUAGUGUAUGUUUAUAUAACACGUUAAAAUAAAUAAAAUAAAUAAAUAAAAAGAUGAAGAAAAGGAAAAAUGAAGGAAUGAAAGAAUGUUGAUUUUGCAAAAUUCAGAUGUCAACACUGCUAGGGAGAAG